CAAGCUGAGGCAGAAGUAACCUUUUUUUUUUUUUUCAAUGUAAACUUACAUCAAUAGGGAAUGCAUGAGAGAAGCAGAAGCCGCUACUUGGGAAAUCCACGGAUUGCAGCCCACAUUUGAAAACUACUCUCUUCUGAGUAAAUAAAAGAAGUUUUAUUGGACUAAAGUGAACUGUCCCGUCAGCUGCUGGUGAGAGGUGUGUAGACUAUGACUGUGUGAUUUCUCUCCGUGGACUUGGCGUGUCGAAGCGGGCUUUCUGUGCGACUUGCUCUUGGUAAAAGGAGAGUUAAAUAGUUUGUGUGCGUGUUUGCGGCGCACUGCGUGAAUCCAGCAGCUCCGGCCGCUCGGACACAAGGAGGACCUGCGAGACUGAAGACAUGAGCCCGCUUAUAAUCUGCACACUUCUUCUGCUAAAAGCUGCUCUUGGAGAUGCCUGUGCCAGUGGCCAGUACACAGAAUCGGGUCAGUGUUGCAGUCUGUGUCCUGCUGGUUUUGGAGUGGAGGUAGAAUGUGGGAAAGAGGACACCAAGUGCACACCAUGCCCAAAGGGAACAUUUUCUGCGUCUGAAGACCUCUCUCAGUGUCUUCCCUGUGCCCGGUGUCCAGCUGGUAUCCCUGAGGUGGCCUCUUGCUCUGCCACCAAGGACACACACUGUGACUGCGGUGAAAACUUCUACCUUUGGCGGGAUGGUAAAAGCCCAGAUGGUCUGUGUGGUGCCUGCUCCUCUUGUACCCGUGGCCAGGGUGCCGUCCGGCUGUGUGACCCUCAGGGAAACACACAGUGCCAAGUCUGUGCCCCGGGGACCUUCUCAGAGGAACGCAGUCACACCAAACCCUGCCAGAUCUGCUCCAAAUGCUCUGACAGCGAGGUGGAGAUCCGUGCCUGCCAGCCCAACUCUGACACUCUCUGCAUGGAUAAGAAGCUGCACAUCCUGUCUCGCCCCGCUGAGUCGGACGGUCCUCGUGAAGCUCCUCGCUGGCCGGGCAUAACUGAGGUUGAUGAGGAAGGGGGUGUCAGCUCUGCCACUAAAACGCCAAAGUUCACCCCCCAGGAUGAGGGUGGCAGCAGCAACAUUCUCGCCUACGUGUCUAUUCUGGCUGCGGUGGUGCUGGGUCUGCUCCUCUAUGUUGCUUAUAAAUGUUGGACAUCAUGUAAACAGAAGAAGGCUCUGUCCAAAGCCCGUGCGGCUGAGCUGGGAACAUCUCCAGAGGGAGAGAAGCUCCACAGUGACAGCGGAGUUUUUCUGGACUCUCAUAGCCUACAAGACGGUCAGCCCAGCAAAGGCACUAAGAGGGAUAGCAAGCAGGACAGUCGUCUCUACAUCAAUCUACCCCCUCAUAGACAGGAGGAGGUGGAGCGCCUCCUGCAGGAGGGAGGGGGCAGGGGCUGGAGGCAGCUCGGCGUAGUGCUGGGCUAUGAGUCUGAGCAGCUGGACCUGUUUGGGCGUGGAGAAGCCCCGGCUCACACUCUGCUCUCCAACUGGGCCCAACAGGAGGGCUCCUCGCUGGGACUGUUGUGCUCUGCGCUGGCCCGCAUUGAGAGGCCUGAUGUGGUAACAGCUCUUACCUGUCCCACGCAGGGUGUUUCUGUGGUCUGAGAGCUGCUCAGGUGCGCCUAUGACACUAAGAGACUAAAGAGAGGAAGCGGAAACACUCAGCUCCCACUGGAAUAAGGAGGGACGCACUCUGACAUCAACACCUCUCUGAUUUUUGAAGGCUGCCACUGAUGCUUGUCCUCAUUCCUCUCUUGGACGCCGUUAAUUCACAGUUUUUACAAAGAGAAUGACAAAUUGGCUCUUAAUAAUGUAUAUCAUCAUUUGAGCUGACAUGGAGUCAACUAAAUGAAAACAUCUCCUGCAAUGUGUUCAAGUGGAUUGGCUAUCACGACAGUAGACUACAUCUCCCCACUUGUCAGGGGAGAUUAUCAGACUGAACCCCAUUUUUCAACCCACAGCCGAGUGGCAUAAGGAGCAACACUCUAAUUCUGGUUAAACCGCGAAGAGAAAAACAUUCACCAACACAGGAUCUGAUAUAACGAACCCUUGUUUGUUUAAACUUGGUUGAGCAUCUGCAAACCUGGCCAGAGUUGCACCUUUCUAUACCUGCUUUCAGCAAUGAUCAGUCACUCCAACUAGUGACUUACUGCCAAUGUAAGUCACUGCAACUACUUUGAGCCCCUUCAUUUAAAAGAUACAGCACAGUUGCAUCAGUCGUGACAUCUUAUCAGUUGUUUUGCUGAUGCUUGUGGUUGCCACUUGCUUUCUUUAUGAGAGCAGAUAUAAUCUAAUGCCUAGAUAGGGACUACUCAGUUUACAUGUUCAAAAUUUGUCCUUACUUUUUCUUUUUUCUCUGCUGCAGCCACUAAAUAGUUUCAGGCCUUGGUAUUUAUUUGCAUUGAAGAUCCAUCAGGCAACAGUGAUGUUUCCAGCCUCAGGCACAAGGCCUGCAAGUAGAGCAUUCUGUGGAAUAAGAAAACAUUUUUCUUAGCUCUUUUUAACUGUCAUUUAUAUUAUUGUAAAUAUUUUAAAUAUUGAUUUGGUUUUGAUAGUUGUGGCUGAAA